AUGGCACUGGGCAGCCAUCGCACGGCCGGAGCCCGCUCGCCGCCUCCCGCACUCUGGGCGCUGCUGGUCGCAGCGUCAUUUUCUCGGCCGGCGCCUUCCUCGGCGGCCGGCUUCGAGGCCCCACAGUGCGAAGGGCCGGCCAGCACCCGGGACAGCGGCUGCCACGCCCACUGGACGGGCUCCAAGGAGGUGGACUUCCAGGCCCUGAGCUAUGUCUUCAGCCGGCCGUUCCACCUGAUUGUGUCCUACGAUUGGCUGAUCCUGCAAGGCCCAGCCACCCCGAUAUUCGAGGGGGACCCGCUGGCUCUGCGCUGCCAGGCCUGGCAAGACUGGCCACUGACGCAGGUGACCUUCUACCGCGACGGCUCGGCUCUGGGCCCGCCGGGGCCGCGCCGGGAGCUCUCCAUCGCCGCGGCGCGCGGGACAGACAGCGGGCACUACCACUGCAGCGCCAUCCUCCGCGGCCCCGGGCCCGGGCGCCCGGAGACGGCCACCGCCAUGGCGAUCACAGUGCGGGAACUGUUUCCAGCCCCAGCGCUCCGAGCCACGCCCUCGGCCCAGCCCCGGGAGGGAGGCCCGCUGACCCUGAGCUGCCAGACCAAGCUGGCCCCGCAGAGGUCGGCCGCCCGCCUCCUCUUCUCCUUCUACAAGGACGGCCGGGCCGUGCGUGGCCGGGGCCCGUCCCCGGAGCUGCAGCUGCCGGCGGCGUCCGAGGCCCAGGCCGGGGCCUACUGGUGCGAGGCCGCCACCGAGGACGGCCAGGUGUGGAAGCAGAGCCCCAGGCUGGAGGUCAGGGUGCAGGGUCCUGCGAGCUCUGUGGUGCCGCCCGCCUUGAACCUGCCUCCUCCAAAAUCCUCAGCCCCAGGGACACCCGCUGUGAAGCCCCCCGGGCCCCCGCCUCCGCCGCCCAGCGCCUCCUCCGAGGGCCCCGGCCUCCCCUCUCCCCUGCAGGCGCCAGACCCCCACCUGCACCACCAGGUGGGCCUCCUCCUCAAGCAAAUGCAGGAUGUGAGAGCUCUCCUCGGCCACCUGGUCUUGGAGCUGAGGGACUUGUCCAGCCACCUGAAGUCGGGGGCCAGGAAGGGUCCUGCCAAACGCGCAUGAGCCAUUCCC